UCCAUCUGUAGAGACAGUGGUGACUCAGCAUGGGCAGGGCUGGGACUCGUCAGAGAUCCUUCUCUGGGCAGGUGGGAGGUUUCCCCGGAAGGGAGCUCAGGCAAACCCUCCCUGUUACAGUUACAUUUGAGCAAAGCAAAUGGAUUAAAGAACUGAGCCACGUGGAGAUCCGGAGGGAAAGCAUUCCAGUUAGUGGGAAGAACCAGUGCAAAGACCGUGGAAGGGAAGAGUUUGGUGACUUUGAGGAGUCACAGCAAGGCGCCCGAGGUGGGGGAGUGCAGAGGGGGAGUCUGACCCAGGCUGGGAGAUUCGCUUCUUCGAGAAAGGAAUGGCUGAGCUAGUACCCCAGAGAAUAUAUAGCAAAGCAAUGGGGCACAGCGUUCUAGAAUCAGAUUCCCUGGAUUCCUAUCCCUGCUCCCACUCGCACCAGUUCUGCGUAGGCCACCUGUCUGGCUUCUGUUUCUUUAUUCUUACAUUGGAGAGGAUAAUAGUUUCUACUGAGGGUCAGACAGGGUUGCAAGUACUCAAACCACUCUCUGUGCCAGAUCUGGUGCCCUCCGGGGUCCACUGGGGGUGUGGAGGAGUGAGGAGGGAUGAGGUUGGACUUGUAGGGUACCGGGGCUUUCUCCCAAGGGCACCGGGGAGUCAUUCAUGGUAGGUUUUGUACAGGGUAGUGACAGGGUCAGGUCUGUGCUUGAAGACCCUUCUGGCUGUGAUGUGCAGGAUUGGUGGGAGCAGGCACGGCUGGGGCAGGGUGGUGGAAGGACAGACAGGUGACACUUGGACAGAUGGCUGCAGUGGAGUCACUUUGGAUAGCUCUUCAAUCAGCCUGGUUUUGUAAGGAUCUAGGUGAGCCCUGUUUAAUAGAAAUAAUAAUGCGAGCCGUAUGUGUAAUUUAAAAUCUUCUAGUAGCCACAUUUUUUAAAAAGUCAAAAGAAAGAGAUGAAGUUAAUUUUAAGUAAUUUAUUUAAAUUAUAUCCUAAGUAUUAUCAUUUUAACAGGUAACUAAUAUUUAAAAAGCAUUGUUGAAGUAUUUAAUAUUCUUUCCUUGUACUAAGUCUGAGUCAGAUUUGGGGCGCCUGGCUGGAAAGGCUGAAUGGAGAGGUCCAUUUGGACACACAGCUUGAGCCUUGAAUGCCAAGCCCAGAGCCUUAGACUCAUUGCCGAGGUGGGGAAGGCGGGUGGGGAGGCAUCGCAGAGUUCUGCCAUUUGUUUUUCAAGGAUGAUGUGAUCCCGCUGCCCAGUUUCCCCCACUGGAAAUCUCGGUCUCCAGGGUUCCCAACCAAACCUGGGCACUCAGAUCUUUCUGCCCGGUUCCUUCUGCCCUCAAUCCUGAAGCUGCCCGGCCCUUUAAAUCUCAACUGUCAAUCGGGGCUCCUGUUUAGAGGGAAAGCCGUGUAAUGUACCUAUCCCUGAAUACCAUGGCCUCUGUCCUGGCCUUGAUCCUACGUUUUAGCAAGAAGUUGGGAAUUGUUCUACGCUCUCUUACACUCCGCUGUUUCCACACCCCCUUCACCUCUCGCCUACUCCUCCCUCUUUCGAAGUUAGGCCCCUUCGCCAAGCCAUUCCUUAUAUGGGCAUCGCCCCGAACGGCAGCCGCUCAUUGGCUGGGGGCGUCACGCGCGCGUCUGUCAACAAAGGGGCGGAGAGAAAGUAGUCGCGCGCCACCACGCGACGUCCGGAGAGCAGGAGUGAGGGGGCGGGCCCUCUUCUCUUGCGCGCGCAUGCGUAUGUGCUGCCUCCCUCUCCCGCCGCAGGGGGGCGGGGCUCGAGGGUGGCCUGCGGAGCCUCCCCUGACCAUCCGGGCAGGUCCUGAAAUGCGGUGAACCCCGGCCUGUCUGCUACCGUUUCCCAGGAUGGACCGCAGCGGCCUCCUGCCCUUCCAGCUCUGGUGCCCCCGGCCCUUUGGCACCUACUCCCAGAACCAGCCGCGCCCGCCUGCCGCGGCCCUCAAGCCAUCAGCCUGCCCGGAGCCGGGCAGCGGGGCCGAGCCAGACCACGGGCCUGCCCACUCAGAGAACACCCCGCCCACCUUGGCCACGGAGGCCCCUGCCUCCCAGCCUGCCCCGCUCCUCUCCGCAGCAGCUGCUGGCGAUGAGGGGCGAGUCCUGCUGGACACGUGGUACGUGAUCAAGCCCGGGAAUACAAAGGAGAAGGUGGCCUUCUUUGUGGCCCACCAGUGUGGGGGGGGCAGCCGGGCCAGCUCCAUGAAGGUCAAGGGGCACUGGGGCAGUGACAGCUCCAAGGCCAAGCGGAGGAGGCGCUGUCUUGAGCCUACUAAGGCUCCACCGGACCCAGGGGGCCGAGAGGGGCCCCCUGCCGCUGAAGGAGCCCCAGCCUCAGCUGGUGAGGAUGUAGACCUGCUCUCUGUGGCCGAGAUGGUGGCCCUGGUGGAACAGCGGGCCGCCCUGGCCCUGCAGAACUACCCACGCCCCGGCACCCCGGCGCCUGUGGUCUUCGUGUCGGCUGAGCAGGGUGGGCCUGCCAAAGGGCUGGGGUCCGAGCGGAGGUCUGGUGGUGGGGACUGCAGCCGCGUAGCUGAGGCAGUGGCCCACUUUGAGGCCCAGCGGGACAGCCCUCCAGCCAAAGGCCUCCGCAAAGAGGAGCGGCCUGGGCCCGGCCCAGGGGAGGUGCGCAUCGCCUUUCGCAUCUCCAACGGCCGAGAGCCCCGGGCGCCCGACGGCAGCUUGCCCAACGGGAGCAGCGGCCGGCCCGGUUGUGCCUACCCCGGCAGCCCAGGCCCCGGGGCCCGAGCCAAGGACAAGAUCACCUGUGACCUGUACCAGCUCAUCAGCCCCUCUCGGGAUGCCCUGCCCAGCAAUGUGGAGUUCCUUCUGGCUCGGGCGGAUGAAGCCAGCGAGGGGGAGAGCCCGGUCCCUGCCAGGCCUGAGGACACUCCCCCGGCGCCCCCUCCGCCCCCUGCCCGGGACUGCGGCGCGUCAGGCUUCCACGUGGACGUGGUAGUGACGGGUGUGGUGGACGAGUGCAUCUUCUUUGGCAAGGAUGGCACCAAGAAUGUGAAAGAGGAGACGGUGUGCCUGACGGUCAGCCCCGAGGAGCCGCCCCCACCGGGCCAGCUCUUCUUCCUCCAGUCCCGGGGUCCGGACGGGCCCCCCGAGCCGCCCCCAGCCGACUCCCCCACCACCGCGCCAGGCCCGGACGACGCCGAGGGGACAGCGGACACCUCCCUGUGCCGCCUGUAUCGGCACGUGUCGCACGACUUCCUGGAGAUCCGCUUCAAGAUCCAGCGGCUGCUGGAGCCGCGGCAGUACAUGCUGCUGCUGCCCGAGCACGUGCUGGUGAAGAUCUUCAGCUUCCUGCCCACGCGGGCCCUGGCGGCCCUCAAGUGCACCUGCCACCACUUCAAGGGCAUCAUUGAGGCGUUCGGUGUGCGGGCCACAGACUCGCGCUGGAGCCGCGACCCCCUGUAUCGCGAUGACCCUUGCAAGCAGUGCCGCAAGAGAUACGAGAAGGGUGACGUGUCGCUCUGCCGCUGGCACCCGAAGCCCUACCACCACGACCUGCCUUACGGACGUUCCUACUGGAUGUGCUGCCGCCGAGCGGACCGCGAGACGCCUGGCUGCCGCCUGGGUCUGCACGAUAACAACUGGGUGCUGCCCUGCAACGGGCCGGGCGGGGGCCGGGCCGGCCGGGAGGAAGGGAGGUGAAGCCGGGGGAGGGGUGGGGGGAGAGCCCACCGUGCCCACCCCUCCCCCUGCCCCCUGGGAGCCCAGGGCCAGGACUGGGUCACCCUCCAGGCGGUGUCGAUCCCCUUCCAGAACCGAGAUGGGGUUCAGGGGGAUGAUUGAGAAGGCACUCCGAUCGACCGACCCCUAUUGGUUUUCUACUCUUCAGACCCAGGGCCCGUGGACCCCUCGAGCAGGGUGGUUUUUAUCAGCAUCUCAAUUUCUUCUCCGUUCAGCCCCAACACCCUCCUUGCCACUCUACACCCCAGGGACCCACCAGCAGGGAGCAGACGGCAGCUAAUUUUGGUACUACUUAAGGGUUCCCCCAUUCUGGCCCCCUUCUGCUGCACCCCCGCCCCCAUCCCAUGCCAGCCAGUUCUUUGUCUCUGGAGCUGUGUUCUCCCAAGAGGCUGCAGCAUGCAAAGCCAGUAUCUCUCCUGACCUGCCACACCAGGGCUCACCCACCUCCUCUUUAGGAAUUGGGGGCCAUCAGAUCACAGAUCAGAUGUGGCACUUUUCAUGGCAACCUGCCAUUUCUAGAUGUUUUCCCCAUUAAAACAAUAAAAAAAAAAAAAAUCACUGUUUUCUUCUUAACCUAAAGCUACCAGUCUCUUCGCUUCCCCUAAAGAAGAGAAAAUAAAGCUGAAAUAUAAAAAUUCCCCAUCUCCCAUUAUUUAAACUAUUGCCAUCGCUUCUCUACCCCCCCCCCCCAAAAAAAAAAAAAAAAGCUGUGAAGCCCUUUGCCUCGCUCUUGACAGCGUGGGGGGCCGGUGGGCAGGGACUGUGGGUUUGAAUUUCCGGAUUGUUUUUCCUUCCAUUCUGGGUACUUGUUCAGGCAUUGGGGUCUCUCCAGCCUCAGCCACGUGAGUUUCUUUAGAAUCCUUUGGUCACCUGAGACCUUGAUUUUUCAGGCAGUUUGGCCUGGGGUAUUUUCAUUUGUUCUGUUUGGGGUUUUUUGUGGUUUUUUUUUUUUGGUUUUGGAUUUUCAUCCUUGUGGUUCUGGAAGCUUCUGGUGUGUGGCAUCUGACCAGUUUUGAAUUGGUCCUUUCUAUAAAAUCAAUAUUUAUAAGGCUGG